GGGAACAUUAGAAAUAUCGCGUUAUUGCUUCUCGCUUCUGUGACUCCAUCCGCUUCCCUGGAAGUUAACAUUAAAAAAACAAGCAAAAAAAAAAACAAACUAUGAAUGAAUGAACGAAUGAAAGCAGAGAGGGAAGUGGGUGCGUGUUUUGCGGGAGGAGGCGCUAAAUGUUAACGGCAGAGGAAGAAGCAGAUCUGCGGCGGAGGAGCUCAGUGAGGAUGAGCAGCGCGGCUCCUGUAACCCGCACCGCGCAUCCCUAAUGAGGAACAACGGCGUUUGUGGACGCGUCGUUCUUUGUGUGCAGACGUGGAAAUGCGCUGACACAUUUUUGACUCUGACAAAAGAAGAAGAGGAAGAGGAAGAAGGAAGAAAAGAAAAAAAGAAGCAGAGCGGAUGAACUUUGAUUCGGACCAUCCCGCACGAGGCCUUUCUGGCGCCCAGCUGGGCAGCGCCGAAGCCCCGCAGAAGUCCAGGAUGCUCCAGGGAUCCGGCAGCCGUGGAUCCAUGAGCGCGUAGAGGGCGAGCAUGUCUGACCGCAGAGAGGCGCAGACGGGGCGCAGACCGCCACCACGCUGAAAGGAGCAGCACCGUUUGUUGUUAGGAGAGAUUAUAAGAAUUUUUUUUAUUUCGUUUUUCUAUGAGAAAGAGGGAAAAUCAGAGAGAGCGAAUGGGAACGCUUGACAAGCGCGCGCGUCCGCGGAUUUCCUCUACGUGACCCCGGUCUCAUUCAGAGAGCGAAUCCCGGCCGCUGUGUGUGUGUGUGUUUUUGUGUUUGGGGUGGACAGUUCGGAUGCAUUCGCCCUCCCUGCUCAAAGGGACAUAUCGGUUCAGGGUCAGAGGAUUGAUUUAGCGAGGCGAGGGGAACCCCUGCAUGGCCGCUUCAUUACGCCAUGGAUGACUCGGGGAUAAUCAGGCGCCGCAGGCUGCAGGACUUGCCGCUGCCGCGCAAGAACAGCAGUUGUCGCACGAGCAACAGAAAGAGUCUGAUCCUGACGACCACGUCUCCCACGCUGCCUCGCCCGCACUCCCCUCUCCCGGGUCACCUCGGAAGCAGCCCCCUGGACAGCCCCAGAAACUUCUCCCCGAGCAACCCCGCACACUUCUCAUUCGCCUCCUCCAGAAGAGCGGAUGGGAGGAGGUGGUCUUUGGCGUCUUUACCCUCCUCUGGAUAUGGCACCAACACUCCCAGCUCAACGUCGUCCAGCUCCUCUCAGGAGCGGCUGCACCAGCUGCCCUCCCAGCCCACCAUGGACGAGCUCCACUUCUUAUCCAAGCACUUUGGCAGCACCGAGAGCAUCACGGACGACGACGGGGGCCGCUGCUCCCCGCACAUGCGCCCGCGUUCCCGCAGCCUCAGCCCGGGACGCUCCUCCUCCUGCUAUGACAAUGAGAUCGUCAUGAUGAACCAUGUGUACAAAGAACGGUUCCCAAAGGCCACGGCGCAGAUGGAGGAGAGGCUGGCCGAGUUCACCCACGCCUUCUCGCCCGAGAGCGUUCUUCCUCUGGCCGACGGAGUCCUCAGCUUCAUCCAUCACCAGAUCGCCGAGCUGGCCAGAGACUGCCUCGCCAAAUCACGCGAGGGUCUCAUCACUUCGGUCUACUUCUUUGAACUGCAGGAGAACCUGGAGAAGCUGCUUCAUGAUGCCUUCAAGCGCUCUGAAAGCUCUGAAGUAGCCUUUGUGACGGAGCUGGUGAAGAAGCUUCUAAUCAUCAUUUCCCGACCUGCGAGGCUCCUGGAGUGUCUGGAGUUUAACCCAGAAGAGUUUUACCAUCUCCUGGAGGCAGCGGAGGACCACGCCAAGGAGGGUCAUCUGAUGAAAACUGACAUUCCCCGUUACAUCAUCAGCCAGCUGGGGCUGACCAGGGACCCGAUAGAAGACAUGGUGAACCUGGAAAGUUAUGACAGCGAGGGACCAGUGACGCCUGAAACAGACGACUCCACAGAGGGAAAGAUCAGAGCAAUAAAACCUCCAGGAGAAGCAGACUUCCAGACCAUCAAGCUGAUCAGUAACGGAGCGUACGGCGCCGUGUACUUGGUGCGUCAUUUGGAGACUCGCCAGCGGUUUGCCAUGAAGAAGAUCAACAAGCAGAACCUGAUCCUGAGGAACCAAAUCCAGCAGGCGUUUGUGGAAAGGGACAUCCUGACGUUUGCAGAGAAUCCCUUCGUCGUCUCCAUGUUCUGUUCCUUUGAAACGCGCCGCCAUCUCUGCAUGGUCAUGGAGUACGUGGAAGGAGGGGAUUGUGCCACUUUGCUGAAGAACAUCGGGGCUCUGCCUGUGGAAAUGGCGCGCAUGUACUUCGCAGAGACCGUCCUCGCCCUGGAGUACCUACACAACUACGGCAUCGUCCACCGAGACCUCAAGCCUGACAACCUCUUAAUAACGUCAAUGGGACACAUCAAGCUGACUGACUUUGGUCUGUCUAAGAUUGGCCUGAUGAGUCUGACCACCAACUUGUACGAAGGGCACAUAGAGAAGGACACACGGGAGUUUUUGGAUAAACAGGUGUGUGGAACCCCGGAGUACAUCGCUCCGGAGGUGAUUCUGCGUCAGGGUUAUGGGAAGCCAGUGGACUGGUGGGCAAUGGGCAUCAUUCUGUAUGAGUUCCUGGUGGGCUGCGUGCCUUUUUUUGGAGACACGCCGGAGGAAUUGUUUGGACAAGUCAUCACAGAUGAUAUAGUGUGGCCAGAUGGAGACGAGGCUCUUCCUGUGGAUGCCCAGCACCUGAUCUCCUCUCUGCUGCAGACCAAUCCUCUGGUGCGACUGGGCACAGGUGGUGCUUUUGAAGUCAAGCAGCACUCAUUCUUUGCAGAAGUGGACUGGAACAGCCUGCUGAGACAGAAAGCUGAGUUCAUCCCUCACCUGGAGUCAGAAGAAGACACCAGUUAUUUUGACACUCGGUCAGAACGCUACCAUCACGUCCAGUCCUACGACGAAGAUGACACCAACGACGAUGAGCCAGUGGAGAUCCAUCGCUUCUCGUCCUGCUCCCCUCGCUUCAGCAAGGUGUACAGCAGUAUGGAGCAUCUGUGUCAGCUGGAGCACAAACCGCACACUGUGACUCUACGGGAGCACAAGGUUCCCAGGGAGGACCGGGUAGCCAAGAGAGAAAGCUUGGGAAGCGUCACCCUACGAGACAAGAGCUGGAGGACAAGUUCACCAGAAAUGAAGCGCCUGUCCUGUUCAGAGUCCUUCUUCACUGAAAGUGACUCCAGCCCGCCGUCCGGGGCUCGCAGGCGUUUCUCCGCCCUGAUAGAUAUGACCCGUUUCGCCUCACCUCAGGAGCUGGACGCCGAGCCGCUGGGUCCAGGGAAGCAGCCUCCCGUCAAGAUCAGGGGCGCUUCCCUGGAAGGGGCCAUCCCCUCCCAUGGAGACCUAAGAACGCUCCUUAAAGACGACAAACUUUUGAGACAUGCUGACGCGUCGCUGCCUCUGCCAGGCAGCACGAGCAGUCUGGGUCUUCCUGAUCUCCAGGGGCCCCGUGGGGCCACCACGGACCUGGUGUUACGGAGGGUUCGACACCAGCAGCUCUCGUCCGAAGGAGACAAGCGAAACCCGCGACCAGGAACUAAAGUCAUCAAGUCUGCGUCGGCCACUGCUCUGUCUGUCAUCAUUCCAGCAGUGGAGCAGCAUGGUGCGUCCCCGCUGCCCAGUCCCAUGUCUCCUCGCUCCCUGUCGUCCAACCCGUCCUCCCGCGACUCGUCUCCAAGCAGAGACUUCUGUCCCAUGGUGAACGUCCUGCACUCUCCCAUCACCAUCCACCGCUCCGGGAAGAAGUACGGCUUCACCCUCCGGGCGAUCCGGGUCUACAUAGGAGACAGUGACGUUUACAGCGUGCAUCACAUGGUCUGGCAUGUUGAAGAUGGAGGUCCUGCUCAGGAGGCUGGACUGAAAGCUGGAGACCUCAUAACUCAUGUAAACGGGGAGUCAGUCCAUGGCCUAGUUCAUACAGAAGUAGUGGAGCUCAUCCUGAAGAGUGGAAACAAAGUUACAGUUGCGACUACUCCCUUUGAGAACACUUCCAUAAAGCUGGGGCCUGCCCGCAAGUCCAGCUACAAAUCUAAAAUGGCACGUCGCAGCAAAAGGACCGGAGUCAAGGAGGGCCAAGAUAAGAAACGAAGCUCACUCUUCAGGAAAAUCACAAAGCAGUCCAACCUGCUUCACACCAGCCGGAGCCUCUCGUCCUUAAAUCGCUCACUUUCAUCUGGAGACAGCCUGCCGGGGUCCCCUACCCACAGUUUUACUGCCCGCUCCCCCACGCAGAGCUACCGCUCCACUCUGGAAUCCCCUUAUCUGGGUACGUCAUCCCAGAGCAGCUCUCCGGCAUCAAGCACUCCCAACUCCCCAGCAACUUCCCACCACAUGAGGCCCAGCUCCCUUCAUGGUCUGUCCCCCAAACUUCAUCGCCAAUACCGCUCGGCACGCUGCAAAUCCGCCGGUAACAUCCCACUAUCCCCUCUGGCUCACACCCCGUCCCCCACCACCUCCUCCCCUCCACCUCUUUCGGGCCACACGGUGGGGAGCUCCAACACCACCCAAAUGUUCCCUGCCAAGCUACACUCCUCACCUCCAGUCGCCCGUCCUCGUCCCAAAAGUGCAGAGCCGGCCAGGUCUCCCCUGCUGCAGCGGGUACAGUCUGCGGAAAAGCUCGGGGCGCCCAUCCUACCUUCCUCCUCUUCGUCAUCGUCGUCACCUUCCCCUUUGACCGGAGGAGUGUUGUUGCGCAAGCAUAGCUUAGAGGUGUCUCACGGGGACUACAGGAGAGAGUCCUUCCACUGCGAACACAGUCUGCAGAGUUUGCUGGAGAUAGAAGGAGAAAAUGGACCUGCUCCACCCUCUCCAUCCUCGUCUUCCUCCCCUUCUCCUCCUAUGGGAGCAGAGAUAGGAUCGUUGAACCAUGUGAGGAGGCUGGGGAGGCAGGAAUCACUGCUCAGCAGAGACACACUUGUGACAGUAAAGGAGAAAGAUGUCAUUCCGUCAGCGUCUGAGCUCUCCGGGUUGCCAAAUGCAAGAUCAGUUCCUCCAACAGAGUCUAAGACCAGUGUUGAUACAAGCAAGGCACCACUCAAGGAGGUUGCAAGGAGUAGCGGAAGUACGAAGGCAGUUGAAACAAAGGCUAGUACCUCAUCUACAGACAUCAGAGCAGGUGCUGGGAUCAAGCAUUUAGGUACAAAAGUGUCAACUUUGGAGGCAACAGACUUUCAGACCAAAGCUAGAGAGAAAACUCCAGACAUAUCCAAGAGCCCACAACAAGACACAAAGCAGCAGAGUGUGCAGACAGAUGCAUUACAUGUUACCAAAACUCAGGAGAAGAUAGAAGAGAAAGAAAAAAGCACUGUCUGUGAAAAGAAAGCAAACCUCCAGAAAACAUUGACCACUGAGCAGUGCAAGCAGCAUAUAGGCUCAGAGACUGGAGAUAAAGGAGGUAUUAGUGGAUGCGACAGGGCAACUGAUACGACAAAGACCAAAGUACCUGGACCGCCAGUUCCACCCCUGGCUAAAACGCACCCCGCACCCAGGCACAGAGCAGAGAAGUCGGCAAGCAGCAGCCGUGGUGUCAAAGAGGAGAAGGCUCAACUGGAAGUCCUGGAGGAAAACCCAGCGUCCCCUCCCUCAAACGCUGCCUCGCCAUGCUCAGGCAAACUACGGGCCAUGUCUCCGGGGGACAAGACCAGCUUCGUCACCCAACUCACAAGUGUGGCUAAGACGGUGCUGGGUCCCAUGAAAGGAGGGUCUCAGGAGGGCAGCAAGGUGAAAGACGCCUCAAAGUCAAGUGAGGAGAAGAAAGGAAGCACAGCGGGGAAAGCAGAGGCCUCGUCCACAGGGGUCCGUCGAGGGGCUCAGGGCUUCACCACGGCCACUGCUCACUCUGAUAAAGGUAACAGUCGGAGCGCUAAACAUCACUCGUGAUGUGAAAGCUUCAGAAACACUGAGACCGCCCCAUGUAAUGCCUUUAACUGUAGCAUCAGACUGACAUAACAUAUGAAUUUGUAUGAGGCAGUGGUAACAAUGCCUGAACAAAAAUAUUUWAAAAAAAUACACCAAAUCGAAAAGAAGUAGAAAAGAUGUCAACAAUGAUCAACUACUGUUGUGAAAAUGUGCACAUGGUGUUUUGAUGUAGACUUGUGUAUGUACUGUAUGCUCAUCUCAACAUGUUGUGUAUAUUGUAAAAAAAAAAGAAAUGCAUAUGUCUUCAUGCAUGUCUGAUUAAGGAGAAUGACAGACUAUUUAAACAGAAGAUGAAUAACAUACUGCAGACCUUGAGAUAGAAAACACUGUGAACAACCUUUCAACUUGACAAGCAGACUUUUGACUGUGUAGAAGUGGGAUUCUGGUAGAAAAGGGCAUUACUCACAUUUCAGCUAUUGGUUCCAGGGAUGUUAUUUAGUUCUAUGCUGUAUUUAUUUAAAGUUCAGGUACUAAAGUGCGUCACCAAUAGAGUGAGUUUUCAUGCCUUCGAUGCCUUGCAAAAAAUGCCCCUUGAACUUUUUUCAAAGCUUUCGUCACAAAUUCUAAAUUGAAUUUAGGUCUGUACUUUGACUGGGCCAUGUCCUUUGAACUAAAUCAUUCAACAGGUUGUCUUCUAGUAUUUUUCUGUACUUCAAAUUAUGUCUGCCUCAAAAGACUACAACCCUCAAGCAGCAAUUUAAUUUUGAUAUUAUAAUUUGCGUGUUCUAUAAUUCACCUAGAGAUUGCAUUUAUGCUGCUCUCUACUGUAGGUUUUUUAUUUUAUUCAGUGUGAAUAUGGUAAAUGUCUAUAGUAAAUAAUGUAGUAAAUAUAAAUGUCUAACUACUUGAAGGAUUCUUAAGUCAAUAACCAAAACUUCAACACAGAUGUCAAACUUGAUUCAACUGAAUGUUUACAAAACAGCCAAGUAAAUUAUUUCUUUAGAAUUUUUCAGCAAAAUUUGAUUUAAGGGAAGCUAAGUGUGGUCAACGUUUUCAAAGUUAGCAAAAACAAAAAAUUAGCUCCGCUAUUAACGUGUUAGCGAAUUAGUGUACCCGCCUCUGACUGGAAUAUUAUGAUUUUAGACAAAAGUCAAGCUUUAUUCAACUGAAAGUUUACCAAACAGCAAAGUAAAUUAGCUUUAGAGUUUGUCCGGAAAUUUUAAUUCAAGGGAAGCUAAAUGUGCUUAACGUUUUAAAGUUGGCAAAUGCACGAAACAAAAAAACUAGCUCCGCUAUUGGGCUUGAAAUUCAUCACCACGGCGAAACCAUCAAAACACCAACUAUCACAUAAAAUUUCAAUAAAAUACAUUGCAGUUG